GGGACCCCUAUAAAGGGCCCGGAUCCCCAGCGCCAGCCACCCGGCCCACAGCCCAGCACCAGCACCAGGAGCAGUGCCCCAGCCCUCCAGGGCGGCUGACUUCGGGGCUUCUGCCAGCUUCCUUUGCAAGAUGUGUGACGACGAGGAGACCACCGCCUUGGUGUGCGACAAUGGCUCAGGCUUGGUCAAGGCAGGCUUUGCUGGAGAUGAUGCCCCUCGUGCCGUCUUUCCCUCCAUUGUUGGCCGCCCCAGACACCAGGGUGUUAUGGUUGGUAUGGGCCAGAAAGAUUCCUAUGUGGGUGAUGAAGCUCAGAGCAAGAGAGGUAUUCUGACUUUGAAAUAUCCCAUUGAACAUGGCAUCAUCACUAACUGGGAUGAUAUGGAAAAAAUCUGGCACCAUACUUUCUACAAUGAACUGCGUGUUGCCCCUGAGGAGCACCCCACCCUGCUCACAGAGGCUCCUCUGAACCCUAAAGCCAAUCGUGAAAAGAUGACUCAAAUCAUGUUUGAGACAUUCAAUGUACCUGCCAUGUAUGUGGCCAUCCAAGCUGUCCUAUCCCUCUAUGCUUCUGGGCGUACUACAGGUAUUGUCCUUGAUUCAGGAGAUGGUGUUACGCACAAUGUUCCUAUCUAUGAAGGCUAUGCUCUUCCUCAUGCCAUCAUGCGCCUGGACCUGGCUGGCCGGGAUCUGACCGACUACCUCAUGAAGAUUCUGACAGAACGUGGUUAUUCCUUUGUCACAACUGCUGAACGUGAGAUUGUCCGUGACAUCAAGGAGAAAUUGUGUUACGUUGCUCUGGAUUUUGAGAAUGAAAUGGCUACUGCAGCCUCUUCCUCCUCUCUAGAAAAGAGUUAUGAAUUGCCUGAUGGCCAGGUCAUCACAAUUGGGAAUGAGCGUUUCCGUUGCCCAGAAACUCUCUUCCAACCAUCUUUUAUUGGGAUGGAAUCUGCUGGAAUUCAUGAGACUACCUAUAACAGCAUCAUGAAGUGUGAUAUUGACAUACGUAAAGACCUGUAUGCCAACAAUGUACUCUCAGGUGGCACCACUAUGUAUCCUGGUAUUGCUGAUCGUAUGCAGAAAGAAAUCACUGCUCUGGCUCCCAGCACAAUGAAGAUCAAGAUUAUUGCCCCUCCUGAGCGGAAAUAUUCAGUUUGGAUUGGGGGCUCUAUUUUAGCAUCUCUUUCAACCUUCCAGCAGAUGUGGAUCAGUAAACAGGAAUAUGAUGAGGCUGGUCCUUCAAUUGUCCACCGCAAGUGCUUCUAAGCCUCUUUCUUCUCCCCUUCCUCCCUUCCACUUAUCUCCCACUCAGGAUGACAUGCUUCUUGAAGUCUUUUUCCCUUCAGUAAUCCUUCCUGAACUUCAGUGUUCAGUUAUUGUACAGUUUGUUUACACACACCCGUGCAAUGUAUUUGUGCUUCUUUGAAUAUUUAUUGCUUUAUAAAUAAACAAGAUCUGGGACUUGCAACCUAAA